CGCACCCAUCCCCUCUUUCCUUGGUGUUCGAGCUGCCAGUUCCAUUCGCAACUCAGGUGGCCAAGUGUUCUCAGUUUUGACAGUGAUAAGCCAUCCUCAAUAUGAUGGACAAACCCUCGACUUCGACAUCGCACUCUUGUAUCUAUCGGCUUCUAUAUCCAUCCCCAACAGUCGAACCAUCGCACUGCCUUCUCCUAGUACUGGUCCUGUUGCGAAUGAGACAGCAGUUAUUACUGGUUGGGGAGCUACCGUUGAAAACGGAACUGCCGCUAAUAUUUUACAAGUAGUGAGCGUACCUAUUAUCAGUCAGGAGGAGUGCAGGGCAGCGUAUCCGUCCGGUAUUACCGACAGGAUGUUUUGUGCUGGACUUUUGGGAGUUGGUGGCAGGGACUCUUGCCAAGGAGACUCUGGAGGACCGGUGGUGGUCAAUGGGGUGCUCUAUGGGCUUGUUUCAUGGGGGUUUGGUUGCGCUCGACCUGAAUCUCCUGGUGUAUAUACGAACGUACCUGUGCUUAGGGCAUGGAUAACAGUUAAUAGUGGAGUAUAAUAACAAUAAUUACGUUUUUUAUGUUAAUAACACAGGCACGCAAAAUAAAAUUAUCGUUUUUUCUUUUGA